UCUCUCCAUGAUGUGAGAGAUGUAUUGAAAUGUGAUUAGUUUAUUUUUAUUUUUACUUACUCUAACUGUAAUUAUUAUUAAAAGUCAAAAAAUAAUAUCAUAGAAGAAGGAUCAACUGCCAUAAUUGAAGUAAUAUUAUCUGGAAGGAUGAGUUUUCUUCAAUUAUUACAAAUGUAACAGCUCCGGUAUGUAAAGUAACUUGACUACAGUCCGUUUUGCGUGAGAAGCAAGGGUGUUUUGUAUACAAGACUCCAAUUGUUGUACAGGUGAAAGAUCAAAGGUAAACAUUCUAAUCUCCAAAGCGUGAGUAGGAAAAAAUUGGAGAUCGAGAUUUAGAAUUGUAGCGAUGACCUGACCCGACGACGACGCAGAGUUUGAAGAUAACAAGUAAAUAAAAUGACAUAAAUCAUAAAAUUCAUCUGAAUCUGUUAAGGCUGAUAUAAUUUAUCUCAUUAUGAAGAGUGAAUUGUGAGAAAAAAAUUGGAAACAAUGUGGCCGAUGUUUAGAAAAUUCUGCCGCAUUUGGCCAAUUCUUUUGUCAAUGAGUCUAGUGAUUUUCAUGGUUUUGAUUUGGUCUCAUCAUAAGCAACGUGGUGGUGAUUAUGGAGAAGACUACGUUUCAUUGAGAUUAUCAGAUGAUCAGAGAGAUUAUAUAGAUCGUAGAGGAAUUCACGUAGUUGUCGGACAUUAUAUUGGAGAUGCAAUAAAUCCUAUGAAGACGCCAAAUGUUACAAAAGAAAUUGUUAAUAAAAAUAUGUUUAAUCCAAGACCUCGAGAUGGUCGAAAUGGAGAGCCUGUGCUUAUUUCCUCUAAGGACUUUCCAGUGAUGCAGCAACUUUUUCAAAUCAAUAGGUUUAAUUUGAUGGCAAGUGAUAGAAUUCCUUUGAAUCGAACUUUGCCGGAUGUCAGAAAAAGGAAGUGUAUUUCGAGAUACAGUAAUUUAAGUGGAUUACCUAAAACAACAGUCAUUAUUGUUUUUCAUAAUGAAGCUUGGAGUACACUAUUAAGAACCGUCCACAGUGUUAUUAAUCGAUCUCCUAAAGAUUUAUUGACUGAAAUCAUUCUUGUUGAUGAUAAUAGUGAUCGAGAUUUUUUAAAAAACCCACUAGAUGAAUAUGUUAAGUCCUUGCAAGUUUCUACUCGUGUUUUACGAUCCAGAAAACGAGUAGGUUUGAUUAAUGCUCGACUCCUUGGUGCAAAAGAAGCAAAAGGAGAAGUACUAACAUUUCUUGAUGCUCAUUGCGAAUGCACGGUAGGGUGGUUGGAGCCCCUCCUAGAAGCUAUUUCUAAAGAUAAAACUAGAGUUGUAUCACCGGUAAUUGAUAUUAUUAACGAUGAUACCUUUGCUUAUACGAGGUCUUUCGAAUUACAUUGGGGUGCUUUCAAUUGGGAUCUCCAUUUCCGGUGGUUGACAUUGAGUGGUUCAUUACUUAAAGAACGCCGUGAAAACUCUAUAGAACCUUUUAAAACUCCAGCAAUGGCUGGUGGACUUUUUUCAAUGAAUAAAGAUUACUUUUUUCAUUUGGGCAGCUAUGAUGAACAGAUGCAAAUAUGGGGUGGAGAAAAUCUUGAACUGUCUUUCCGUGUUUGGCAAUGUGGUGGUAGUGUCGAGAUAGCACCAUGCUCUCACGUUGGACAUCUUUUUAGAAAAUCAUCACCGUAUACAUUCCCUGGUGGCGUUGGAGAAAUUCUUUAUGGUAAUCUUGCAAGAGUUGCUUUAGUUUGGAUGGACGACUGGGCAGAAUUUUAUUUUAAAUUUAAUCCUGAAGCUUCAAGACUUCGACAUAAACAACAAGUUCGAGCACGUUUAGCUUUGAGAGAACAUUUAAAAUGCAAAAAUUUUGAAUGGUAUUUGGAUAAUGUUUGGCCUGAUCAUUUUUUCCCUAAAUAUGAUCGUUUUUUUGGAAAAAUUAUUCAUAUUGCUACAGAUAAGUGUUUAAUGAAACCAUUAUCAAAAGGCAUGUAUGCCCAACCGUCUGGAUAUGCAGGGUUCGAACCUUGUAUUAGUCCUCCACAUCUUAGUCAAAUGUUUGUUAUGACUAAGGAUGGCGUAAUUAUGACAGAUGAAAGUGUAUGUUUAGACGCACCAGAACAUGACACAAAGCAUGAGAGACCUAAAGUAAAGGUAAUGGCCUGUAGUGGUCUUUUGAGACAAAAAUGGAAUUAUGAUGAAAAAACAAAAACACUAAAGCAUACCAGUUCUGAUAUGUGUCUUCACGUUGCUUCAGACUCAGAGGAAGGACCUGUCAUAGCAGCGUGCAACGGAAAUAUUGAGCAACAAUGGAAAUUCCAGUCAAUCCCUUGGAAUUAAUUAUUAUAAUACUCGUAAUACAUAAAUUAUUUUUUAUGUAAAUAUCACGUGAAAAGGUAAUUUAAAAU